AUGAGCCAAGUCAACAAGGGAAACGACACUACAAACACCUCUGACGUUCGUUCAGACAGGAUCGUGACAAACUCACAAGGUAAUCCUAUCAAUGAACCCUUUGCCACGCAGCGUGUGGGCAAGUAUGGUCCACUUUUGUUGCAGGACUUCAAUUUGAUAGACUCGUUGGCGCAUUUCAACCGGGAACGUAUCCCGGAGAGAAAUCCACACGCUCACGGGUCUGGUGCUUUUGGGUACUUUGAAGUUACCGACGACAUCACAGAUGUAUGCGGAUCUGCUAUGUUUAACGAGAUUGGCAAGCGCACGAGAUGCAUGGUCCGCUUCUCGACUGUGGGUGGCGAAAAGGGCUCUGCUGACACCGCCAGAGACCCACGCGGUUUCGCCACGAAAUUCUACACCGAAGAAGGUAACUUGGACUGGGUGUACAACAAUACACCAGUUUUCUUCAUUCGUGACCCUUCGAAGUUUCCACAUUUCAUUCAUACCCAAAAGCGCAACCCACAGACCAAUUUGAAGGAUGCAAACAUGUUUUGGGAUUUUUUGACUACUCCCGAAAACCAAGUGGCAAUUCAUCAAGUAAUGAUCCUUUUCAGCGAUCGUGGUACACCCGCUUCUUAUCGUAAAAUGAACGGUUACUCAGGACAUACGUACAAGUGGUCUAACAAGAAGGGCGAGUGGUUUUACGUGCAAGUGCAUAUUAAAACCGACCAGGGUAUCGAGAACCUCAACAACGAGCAGGCAGUGAAACUCGCAGGUGAGAAUCCAGACUACUGCGGAGAAGAGCUUUUCAAGAGUAUCCAAGGGGGCGACUUCCCAACUUGGACAGUAUACAUACAGACCAUGACCGAAAAGGAAGCCCAGAAUCUACCCUUCUCCGUUUUCGAUUUGACCAAGGUUUGGCCACACAAACAGUUUCCUUUGCGUCGGAUUGGUAAGAUGGUUUUGAAUGAAAAUCCUCAAAACUUUUUCGCACAGGUGGAGCAAGUUGCCUUCUCUCCUAGUCACACUGUACCAUAUCAAGAAGCAAGUGCCGAUCCGGUGCUGCAAUCCCGUCUGUUUGCAUAUCCUGAUGCGCAUCGCCACAGAUUGGGUGCAAACUACCAUCAAAUUCCUGUUAAUUGCCCAUACGCUUCGAAAGUGUUCAACCCCUCUAUCAGAGACGGUCCUAUGAACGUCAACGGUAACUUGGGCUCUGAACCAAACUACUUGGCUUCAACCAACUCUUACAAUUACAUUCAAAGUCAAAAGCCCAUUCAACAGCAUCAGGAAGUGUGGCACGGUCCCGCUAUGCCAUUUCACUGGGCCACGUCCCCUGGAGACGUUGACUUUGUUCAGGCAAGAGGACUUUACCGUGUUCUUGGUCAGCAACCGGGUCAGCAGCGCGCUUUGGCCCAUAACGUUGCCGUCCAUGUUGCACGGGCUCGUCCAGAUAUUCAGGAUCGCGUUUUUGCUAUGUUCGCUCGUGUAGACAAGGAUUUGGCCAAAAACAUUAAAAGUGAAGCUUUGUCGAUUUCGCCUAGAGAUGAGAAACUGCAGGCAAAGCUCUAA